ACCAAUAGAGUUACGUUGUAGUGACAAAUGGGUCUGUCAAGCGGUACUUGUGUGAGAGUUGUGAGGGUAUGAGUGUAAGGGUGACUUUCACCCCAACAGUUAGCUCAGAGUGUGGUGACGAUGGGGAGCUACCCAGCGGCUACUGUGCUGAUCCUGGUUCUGGUAUCGGUGCUGCUGGUAGACGCCAAGAAUGUUACGUCUCAGGCUAAUGGAGACAAGGGAUUCAUACGAAAGGAGAUCAUGGAGAUGGUGUGGUGUAAAGCUUGUGCGUGUGGUCUACCCAACCGUAUGGAGCGGAUCGUGGGUGGGUGGCCGACUAGAAUCAACGAAUACCCCUGGGUGGUUGCUUUGUCCAUUAGAGGGCAGUUCUACUGUGGUGGCACCAUCAUCAACGAUCUGUACAUCCUCACCGCGGCUCAUUGUGUCAGCAACAAGAAGAUGUCAGACCUGACGGUCGUGGUGUCGGAACACAACAAGGCGACGAUGGCAGAGAGCACGGUGGAGGUGAGGAAGGUGGCAAGGAUUCUAGUGCACGAAGGCUUCAACCAGGGGGUCAAGUAUAACAACGAUAUCGCACUGCUCAAGUUGGACCGAAGACUGGAGUUUCGUGUGGCGGUGGCUCCGAUCUGCCUUCCGUACCCUGAUGAACAGUUCAGUCAGGCCCUGGGCCGAGUGACAGGCUGGGGACACACCAAGGAGGGCGGCCCUUCAUCCAUGGAACUGCGUGAGACUCACGUUGCUGUCAUGUCUAACUCAGCCUGUCACCUGAGGGCUGGCUACGGACCCACCAAGGUCACAGCGAACAUGAUGUGUGCUGGGCUCAUGGAAGGGGGCCGUGAUACAUGUCAGGGAGAUAGUGGCGGCUCCCUUAUCAUCGAGGACUCUCUCGUAGGUAUCGUAUCCUGGGGAAUUGGUUGUGCUCGACCCAACAAGCCAGGAGUCUACACUAGAGUCAAUGUUUGUUACAGUUUCUGACAUAUAUUUACUCUGCUUGUAGGUAUCGUAUCCUGGGGAAUUGGUUGUGCUCGACCCAACAAGCCAGGAGUCUACACUAGAGUCAAUGUUUGUUACAGUUUCUGACAUAUAUUUACUCUGCUUGUAGGUAUCGUAUCCUGGGGAAUUGGUUGUGCUCGACCCAACAAGCCAGGAUUCUAUACUAUAGUCAAUAUUUGUUACAGUUUCUCACAUAUAUUUACUCUGCUCGUAGGUAUCGUAUCCUGGGGAAUUGGUUGUGCUCGCAGGAGCCAGACAGCUAUCAGAAUUGGUUGUGCUCACAAGCCAGUCUACACUAUAGUCAAUGUAUCGUAUCCUGGGGAAUUGGUUGUGCUCGGACCCAACAAGCCAGGAGUCUACACUAAAGUCAAUGAGAGUCAAUCAAUCUCUGAAGAGGCUUCUGAUUGCCAAUGUGGUAACACGACUUCCACGGGCUUGGCGCUGCGGGUGGUUGGCGGUCGUUACCUGGAGGAGGGCGAACAUCCUUUCCUGGCUCUCCUGAUAAAGGACUCCUACUUCAUUUGUGGAGGCUCCAUCAUCAGCAAACGCUUUGUGCUCACUGCAGCACACUGUAUAGAGGACAAACACCCUCUUGACAACUUUUACGCAGUGUUUGGAACUCAUGAUAAGACACAGAAGUUCAAAGAAGGCGUCAUUCAGUAUCGAGCUGUAGAACGGAUUAUAACACAUCCAGAUUACUACGAAACACGUAGCGGAAUUUUAAUUAAUGACAUCGCCCUUCUUCAAGUUGGCACGAUACACUUCAAUGCUAGAGUGCAGCCCAUCUGCCUCCCGGAUUUAGAUUUGAGUAGAUUCAAAGCGGCGAAGAUACAAGGCUGGGGCUCAACGAACUUCAAGGGAAAGGCGCCAAGGUUCCCCAAGGAGGCGAUCCUCUCGGUGCUGACCGAGCAAGAAUGCAGGAUGUCCCCAGUACAGCCCAUGAUACGCCAUGUCCAGGAUAUCCACCACGCGGUAGUGUGUGCCUAUGAGAGGGCCACAGACGCUUGUCAGAACGUGUGGCAAUAUUACCCAGGGAAGCCAAUGUGGCCGAGUAAGAUGGCUUCGCUGCGAAGUUGUUCUUUUCUUUCUAUAACACCAGGUUCCUAUUUUGUGUGCCACAUCCUGGGUGUCCUGUUCCUGCUUGUCACCCAGCACGCAUUAGCAAAUCCUGUUUCAAUUUCUGGUACCAUAAAUUCCCAAGAGACAAUGAAUUCCUCUAAGAUCCCUUUCACUACUACUACCCAUUCCAUAUCUGUGACAACCUUAUCACCCACAAGCAAGGGAGAUACCCGGGCAUCCGUAGAACCAGAGACAACAACAUCAACUAAUACCACAGAUGAAAUCAUGGUAUCAUCUGCAAACAAAAUAACAGAAGAAUGCACAUGUGGUGUGUCUACCUUGGACCCAGAGGAAGACGAUCAUAUCACCACAAGGGUGGUGGGAGGGUUUGUGGCCACCCCCCACUCCCACCCCUGGCAGGUUUUACUCCGCUAUUAUCAAGUACCUGUCUGUAGUGCCACCAUCAUCAGUGACUUGUACAUUCUCACUGCCGCACACUGCAUCUUUAUGAUGAAAGACUUCCAAAGAAAGAUAGAAGAGAAAUAUAAGGAAAAAGUACUCAAUGCAAAUGGAAGUGUGGACUUUGGCCAGGUAAGUGUGGCUCUGGGAGUCCACAAUACUGUCAACCUAACAGACACAGAAGUGGUGGGGGUGGAGAGCUUUCUAGUGCACCCCCAGCAUCGGGUGGACGAGGUACACGACACCCAUGACCUGGCUUUGCUGAGGCUCUCACACCGUAUCAACUAUGUGGCACAUAUACAGCCAGUCUGUCUGCCUACCCAAGGAGAGCAAUUCAGUAGCGAAUGGGGUCUCAUUGUUGGCUGGGGCCAGACUGAGUUUAAUGGUUCCAAAUCACAGAAUCUCAAGCAGGCCAAAGUUCGGAUUUUGGAGGACUCUCUCUGCAUCCAAUCCAAGAUGGGGAAACACUUUGCAGAUAGCCCAGAAAGCAUGAUAUGUGCCUACCAGUACAAGACAGAUGCCUGCAAGGGUGACAGUGGAGGGCCAUUGCUUUAUAGGGCUGGCUCAGGCUUCUAUAUCCAAGCAGGUAUUGUGUCAUGGGGAAUAGAAUGCGCCAGGGAAGGCUACCCAGGAGUAUACACGGAAGUGUCAGCUUACACGGACUGGAUUAGGAACAACACCCUUGACGCCAAGUUCUGUUCAAGACCCAAAGGGAAGCAAUCAGCAUAAACAGUGUGCAUAAAUUUUAAAAAAUUAACUAUGCAAUUUAAAUGACAAUGUUUAAUUUGUUUGUACUAUAUAUUACACGUUAGAUUAUUGUUUAA